AUGGUUCGCAAUCUUCGCAUGACAAAUUUGACAACGCAACUAGCAACCAUUUCAAUGCACGCGGAAACAGCAAAGCCAGUGAAGCUUGAUGAUAAGCUGAUGCUGUCUUUAAGAAUGUACAAAAGUUAUCCAUCGUCAGGAAUAUUACCUAUACAUUCAUCUGAUUUCAUAAGGAAUAUUGUAAAUAAUUAUAAUGGACCGAUCAUUCUUGAAUUCGUAAAGAUAUCGUCGUAUUUAAGAACGAAACCAGAAUUUCGACAUGACUUUGUUUUGAAGACAUGUGGAAUGCAUAGGCAGUGA